AUGUCAUUUGAUGGCUUGUCAACAAGUAUCGAGAAAUCAGUGCGCAUGAGCUCUUCUGAACCACUGCACUCCCCAAUUCCUCUUGAGGCGAAGAGGAUACUGAUGGAGUGCUUACUCGGCAACAAAGCUCUGGACAUGCCACUGGAGGUUGCCGACAGAGCGUCUGAAGUCACAUUCACUCCUCAGAUCAAUUCUUUCAUGCCAACUCCUAUGAAAAUGACCGAGUCUGUGUCUGCGCUAUGGGCUUGUAUCGGAUUAUUUGCAACCACCAUUGUUCAGAAACGAUACAACAACUCAGAGCGUAUGAAGAUCGAAAUAGAUGCACAAGCCGCGACAUUAAUGCUCUCAUCCCUUGUUUUAUUUGAGAUCAACGGCAAAGGAAUCGCUGACAAGGAAUUCAGUGCGAGAGGGGCACAUCUCGACAAGGGUCACAUAAGUGAAACAUAUCGGGCUAUGGCCACAAACAUCUAUGAGACUGCCGAUAAACGAUGGUUUCAGUUACACGGUAGUAUGGAUACGACUUCGAUACUUGAAAUGCUUGGACUCCCACAACACCAGCCAGUAUCAAGUGAACCAGCAAUAGCACAUCGAGACGCAAUGAAAGACAUAUAUAAGGCUGCAAUAGCCCAAUGGGACAGUCAAGCUCUUGAAAUUGAAGUCAAUGAACGAUGGCGACAGCCCGGAGUGACCUGUCUGACGAAGGAAGAGUAUGCUGCAACAAAACACGGGCAGAUGAGCAUAAAAGAGCCACUAUACAAUAUAAGAAAAAUCCAUGAUCCGCUACCACCUGCGCCAUGGUCACAAAAUACCAACGGGAAGCAACAGCAGCCCUUAUCGGGUAUCAAGGUACUCGACCUGACGAAGGUCAUCGCGGGCCCCACAAUCACAAGAGUACUUGCUCUCAUGGGGGCGGAUGUGCUCCGUAUCUCCUCUGAAACGACAGCUGAUGCAACCUUUGCACUAUUUGACGGGCAGUUGGGAAAGAGAGACACUAAUCUGGAUUUGAAAACUCGUCAGGGCCGCGCUUGCCUCCAAACGUUAAUGCAGGAUGCCGAUGUGGUAGUCGAUGGCUUUCGACCUGGUGUCCUUGAGAAGCUCGGUUUUGGGUCAACAUGGGCACAUGAAGUAGCAAGACGGAGGGGAAGAGGGAUGAUCUACUGCCGCGAGAACUGCUACGGAUGGACUGGAGAGUGGAGUGACCGGGCGGGAUAUCAACAAAUAAGUGAUUGUGUAUCAGGAGCCUCCUGGGAACAAGGCAAAUUCCUCGGAUUGAACGAACCAGUUGUACCGCUACUCCCCAACUCGGACUAUCAAACAGGAUUAGUCGGUGCCGUUGCAAUCAUGCAAGCUCUCCUGCAGCGAGCAUCUAUCGGCGGCUCCUACGAUGUUCAAGUCUCACUAACACAAUUUAACAACUGGUACCUUCACCAGGUUGGCCUACACGAUUCAGUGACUCGAUCAUCCUUACUCACACUCAAUCCUGGGUUUCUGCCUCGCCAUGACAUGGACAUCUUCGAGUUGAUCACCAAGACCGUUGAGCAGACGAAAACACUAAGCGAAAGCGAUGUGGGCAGGCUCUGGGAUCCGGCAAAGUUCACGACUGGGCCGAUCCGUUGGGCCGGCCCUGAAGGUGAAAUGGCCACGUAUCUGGAUUGGCGUAGGAUCGUCACGGUUAAGAACGUAGGUGACGGUAUUGAGUUUGACGACGGAAAUGAGACCGAUCUGGUCAUCUUUGACUUUGAACAUGGUUCUUGCCUACCUGGCUCGGACGAGCCGAAGUGGCUUUGA